AUGGGACAGGUAGCAUUAGAAGCAAUCGUAAAUCCGCCUAAACCAGGUGAACCAUCAUAUUUCUUAUUUGUCAAAGAACGAGAUGAUGUAUUAAGUGCAUUGAAAGACAAAGCUGAUAUCACCUAUAACGCACUGAAUUCAAUGCCAAAUAUGUCAUGUAAUCCUGUUCAAGGUGCAAUGUAUGCCUUUCCACGCAUACAUUUACCACCAAAAGCUAUUCAAGAAGCUAAAAGAAGAGGAGAAGCACCAGAUUUCUUCUAUUGUUUACAACUGUUAGAAGAAAAAGGUAUAUGUGUAGUUCCCGGUUCCGGUUUUGGGCAACAAGAAGGAACGUAUCAUUUCAGAACCACUAUUUUACCGUCUGUUGAGAAGAUGAAAUAUGUUAUGAAACAAGUUGAAGAAUUUCAUAUAUCAUUUAUGAAGAAAUAUUCUUAA